CCCAUCUCUUGUGUUGAACAGUCGUUGUUGUCUGACUGUGACUUUUCUGAUGUUCUAAUCUAAUUGUUGCUCCUGAACUCCAGAAAAAUACUGAAAACAGAAUCUGACAGAAAGAGACAACAGUAUUCUCAGGUUGUUUUCAGCAUCUGAUCUUCACUAGAUCUACUAGAUCAUCUGAGAGAUUCGACUGAAUCAAGAUGCUGCUGAUCAUUGAAGCUCUUCUUCUCAUUUUAGCUGCUCUAGGACAGGAUCACAGAGCAGCUGCUGCCACAGGAGAGAUUUAUACAUUGGAUAUGGCACCAAAUUCUGUUGAUGAUCAAUAUGAUGGAUGCACAGAGAAAAUGGCAAACUUGGUGAAAACAAAAUAUCUGCAGCAGGAAAUGAAUAAAUGUACUGAUUUUAAAAACACUUGGCUUGAUGGUAAAAAUAAAGCCAAGAAUCCAGAGGAUAAUUUGAAACAGAUUCAUUCAGUUGCCAUUUAUGUGUACACUAACAAUAAUUCUGUUGUAUAUCGAAAGUUCAACAACGCUGUCCGUAGUGAAAAACAAAAGUACAAAGACGGUACAUUCUCAUGGUAUUCACUUCACUUUUUGUUAACAGAUGCAACACAGAUUCUGAAGAAAACACAAACUAAAUGCUAUUUAACGUAUCGUGGUACUACAGUUGAAUUUGCUAAGGAUGUUGUGAACAAAGAAAUUCGUUUCGGCUCAUUUACAUCCUCCUCUUUUGAUAAAGCAGUAGCAAGUGGUUUCGGACCUAAAUCUUGUUUUGAAAUUGAAACUUGUAAAGGUGUUUCUGUGAUAAAAUACUCCAAGUAUCCUGACCAGAAAGAGGUGUUAAUUCCUCCGUAUGAGAAGUUUAAAGUCACUGCUGUCAUGACAAAAGAGGAGAAAGGAGCCUGGUGUGACACUGUGUUCAUUCUGAAAAGCACUGGAACAGUAAGUUACCUGAACUGUGUUGUUGAUGUAAAACUAGUUAAAGACAGGGCCAAACUUUAAAUCUUUGUUGACCGUAUUUCUUCAAGGGUGAAAGUUGUUUCUAUUAUAAUAUAUGAUUGCUUGAUUAAUUCUGA